AUGAAAAAUGUUUUAAUAUUAGGAUCAAGUGGAUUUAUUGGAAGUGAACUUUCAUUAGUAUUGGUUAGAAAUGGUUUUAAAGUUUAUGGUUUAACAAGGAGACAAGAAAGUGCAGAUCAAUUAAUAAGAAAUGAAAUUAUUCCAAUUGUAGCAGAUGUUAGAGAAAUUGAAAAAUGGUUACCAAUAGCAUUAAAAGUAGAUAUCAUUGUUGAAGCAAUUGCUGAUUUAACUGAUCAUAGAACACCAUUUAUAAUUCAAGAGGCAUUAUUAAAAGUUUAUAAUGAAAAACCAAAUACAAUCUUUAUUUAUACUUCAGGUGUGGUUGUUUAUGGUGAUAUUAAAAAUAAUAAUAAUAAUAAUGGUACAAAUGAUGAAUCAACUCCAUACUUUUCUCAUAAAUUUAUUGAUUGGAGAAUUAAAAUUGAGAAAACCUAUAAAGAAAUUCUUGGUGCAAUUAUUAUUCAACCAACUUUUUUAUAUGGAAAGGAUCAAUCUGUUGCAAGUUAUUAUUUUGAAGCUGCAACUAAAUCAAAAGAUUCUAUUAAAAUCUAUGGUGAUGAAAAUUGUGUUAAAGGUUUUAUUCAUAUAUUUGAUCUUGUAAAUUUUUAUCAAUUGGUUAUUAAAAAUGCUUUACAAUUAAAAGGUCAAACUCUAAUUGCAAAUUCAUAUAAUGAAAAAAUUAAAGAUGUUGUAACUUGCAUCGCCUCUUUUAGUGGUAAUCUCAGUAAUAAACCAAUUGAAUAUCUUUCAAAAUUAGAGAAUAGUUUUUUCACUGAAUUUUUAACCUAUAAUCAAAAUGUUUCAUCCUCUAAAGCAAUUUCAUUAAUUGGUUACUAUCCAUUACAACCAAGUUUAACUGAUGGUAUUGAGCGUUAUUAUAACUCUUGGUUAUUAUCAAGAGAUAAAAAUACAGCAUUUUCAAAAUUAAUUGGGACGGUCUUACCUUAA